AUGAUUCCGAUGGAUAAUUACUGCGUACCGAGCACUAGCACGACCGGUUUAGUAUUUCCGGCGAAUUCGAGCAUGACUGCUUCCUCGGGAUUCCACCUUACUGUAAAUUCUCCGGCUGGACUCAAACAUGAAGCUGCUUUGGCUGUUGAUUGGUCUGUUGAGGAACAGUAUAUAUUGGAGAAAGGCCUUGCAAAAUUUAAAGAUGAACCACAGGUUACAAAGUAUGUAAAGAUCGCAUCAACUCUACCAGAUAAAAGUGUACGGGAUGUAGCAAUGAGGUGUAAAUGGAUGACGCAAAAACGAAGAAAAGGGGAAGAACAUAGUACCGGUACGAAAGUUAGCUAUAGAAAGGUGGUGGAUCUACCCCCAAAACUGAACAUGUUCUCCACGGUGCCACAACAAAAUGGCACAUAUGUCAUGAACCAAAUGUUCCAAAAUACACGCAUGCCUUUUGAAGGUUUAAGUGAUGCGGUUAUGGAGCUUCUACGGCAGAAUGUCCAAGCUUUCAGUCAAAUUUCGUCAAACCUUUCUGCGUGCAAGCCACUGGAUAACAUCAGUCUGUUUAAUCUGGCAAGAAAUAACCUCAGUUCCAUCUUGAAUGACAUGAAGGAGAUGCCUGGUAUCAUCAGCCGGAUGCCACCUCUACCCGUUUCAAUUAACAAUGAUCUUGCAUUCAGGAACAUUGCUUUAGAUCUGGCUGAACUAUGGAUAGCCUUACUGAGCCAAGAAACUGAUGGAGGGGGAAACUGGAUUUUGACCAAUGCUAAAGGAAAUAGCACAAGAAACCGGUAA